UCACUUAUUACUAACCAGACUGACUUUAUUUCUGUCACGUCUACAGCAGUUCUUAUUGAGAAUUAGCAGAAGUUUAGAUGUUGAUGUCUUCUUGAAAAUGUUUUGUUUGAGGUAACCACCAUGGAGAUCAGUGUUUGAUUUAGUUGAGCUCAUGACCCUUGAUUUUUAUGGGGUUGCUUAUUUAUCAGAUGUUUUUGAAAAAUGUUUCCGCUGAUAAAUCAGAGCAACAUGUUUGUUUUAACAGUCAUAUGACACCAUUAAAUUAUAAACCACUACUUUUUCUGUAGUUUUGCUUACUGUCAACGUAUUUCAUAUCAUAACAAAUGGAAAAAAGGCAACAAAUAAACAUUUAAACUGGUGCUGGUUAAACAUCUCUCAUCAUAUGGGGUUAGGAUUUCGACAGCAGUAUAUACAGCAGAAAAUUAGUUUGGCAUAGAAAUCACUGCACUUAAUUAAUAUUCAUGAGUCAAACGUCUCAAAUUAAAUAGCGCGACGCGUCUUCUGCACACAGUCAACGGUCCUCUGACUGAUGCUACAGCGUGAACAACUUCUAGAAAUCGGCUUUUCUUCCCCAAACACGCGGUAAUUUGAUCAGGAACACUGAUUAACUCAUUAAACGAGUCUUCUGUGACGAUUUAAGGCAGAUUUAAAGGCAGUAUUUCGGAUUCUUCACUUUCUUUCACGUUCGAAGUAGAUCAUCUAGUCAGUUCCUCUAACGGAGGGUGAAAAUGAUGAACUGCGGUCUUGUGACUGAGAAAAAUGAGCCAGUGCCUCUGAAGAGCAUCUCAGUGGAGGUUCGGGUUCAGGAUCAUGUAGCCACAGUCUCCUCCACUCUGCAGUAUGUGAAUGAGGAAGAGCGCCCCCUGGAGGCCUUGUUCGUCUUCCCUCUGCCUGCUGAUGCUGCUGUCUGCCACUUCAGUGCCAAGAUCGGAGAGCAGGAGAUUGUGGCAGAGGUGCAAGAAAGAAAAACCGCGAGGGAUCGUUAUGAUGAUGCUGUGAGUUCGGGUCAGCAGGCGUUUCUGUUGGAAGAGAGCGAAGAGAGUCUAGAUGUGUUCAGACUGAGUGUCGGGUGUCUGUCGCCGGGUCAGAACGCUGCCGUCACCAUCAUCUACGUCACCGAGCUCGCUGUGCAGGCCGACCACUCGCUGCGCUUCUGUCUGCCGGCUGUACUCAACCCCCGAUACACACCAGCAGGUUCAGCGGCUGGUAUAGUCUCAGAGAUUUCAUCAGGAUGUGGAUCUGUUCCCUACACGCUGACUCUCAGUGUCCAUGUGAGCUCUCCAAAGCCCAUCUCCAAACUAGAGUCCAGCUGCACUCUGGAUCCUCUAGUGUUCCUCCACUCUGAUCACACUCAGGCGACGGUGAAUCUGAGUCCUGGUCACAUGUUUGAUAAGGACGUUGAGCUGUUUGUGUACUACCAGGAUACCCAUCAGCCCUCUGCUAUAGUGGAGGCAGGAGUGACCACUGCCCCAUCAGGCUCUCUGAUGAGGGACCCAGUGGUUAUGAUAAGUUUGUACCCAGAGUUCCCAGAGGAAGUGAUGUCACUGGCAACACAAGGAGAGUUUGUUUUUGUGAUUGACAGAUCAGGCAGUAUGGAGUGUAUGAUGCAUCAGGGGAAUGGGGCACAGAAGCGCAUUGAAAGUGCAAAGGACACUCUGCUGUUACUGUUGAAGAGUCUGCCCAUGGGAUGCUACUUCAAUAUCUAUGGAUUUGGCUCUUAUUUUGAGAACUUCUUCCCUCAGAGUGUCGAGUAUAAUCAGGACACAAUGGAUCAAGCUCUGAAGAGAGUGAAGGAAAUGCGAGCAGACUUGGGCGGCACAGAGAUUUUAAAGCCUCUAAAAGACAUCUACAUUCAGCCCUGUUACUCAGACCACCCCAGACAGCUGUUCAUCUUCACUGAUGGAGAGUUCAGAAACACUAAAGAGGUGCUGGAUCUGGUGAAACAUCAUGCUCACUCUCACAGGUGUUUCUCAUUCGGGAUUGGUGAGGGUGCAAGUACCGCCCUCAUCACAGGAAUGGCCAGGGAGGGAUCUGGUCACGCUCAGUUCAUCACAGGCACCGACCGCAUGCAGCCUAAAGUGAUGCAGUCCCUCAGGUUUGCGCUGCAGCCCGCUGUGGUUAAUAUCUCUGUGGAUUGGACCCUUCCACGUGGCAUUACUGUUGACACACUGUCUCCACCCAUCAAUGUGCUCUUCCAGGGUCAAAGGUCACUCAUUUAUGCCCAACUUAAAGGAAAGAGUUCAGGAGGCUCUGAGGGAACAGUGACAGUCAAAUACAGUCUUAAAGAUCAACCAGUAACAAACCAGCUCCACUUCUGCCUCAAACCAACUGAGAAAACAGGGUUGGCCAUUCACCGGCUGGGGGCUCAAAUCCUGAUCCGUUCUCUGGAGCAGGAGGAGAGGUUAGGUAAUACAGAGAAUGAGCACAUCGAGAAAAUUAUGAAGAAGCUCAGAAAAAGGAUAGUGAAGCUCAGUGUUCAGGCAGGAGUGAGCAGUGUUCAUACAGCCUUCAUUGCCAUUAAUAAAAACAGCAGACAGACUGUGAAAGGACCCCUGCUGCAGAGAAGAGUGAAGACACAAGCCAGACGAUGUGCAGCACCGAUCCGUGAGUCACAGUCAGUUCCCUUUCGAGAACAGUCUCUCGACAUGGCGUCAGAAGCUGACGCUUUGGGGACUCCCUUCCUUCCUAAUCCUUCCUGAAAUCCUAUUGCACAAUGCCAGUGAAGUUGCAACUCUCACUGGCCAAUGCCAGCCAAGAUGGCGAAAAGGGGGCGGUACCUGCCACUAUAUCCGGCGGUACCGUCCUGGCGGCAUAAGCUCAGAAUCUUCCUCUUUCACGAAAUUCUACGGACUACGACUUCUAGACAGCUGUGGAGAAGACGCAAGAAGACGGAUUAUCCUCUUGGCGUUCUAGCAUGUCCAGUGUUUGCACGCUGUGUUCGGGACCCAUCGAGGCUCCGGACACCCACGAGUAUUGUAUUCUGUGGCUGGGACUCGCCCAUGCAGAAGCAGCACUCGCCGGGUCGGGCUGCCCGCACUGGCAGCUGAGGUGCUCGGAGGAGCGUCGCCCUUGGUGAAUGCGAAGCGUCCGAGGUGUUUUCACAAAGUCCCCUUGGCGGUUGCAGGCGACUACGAGAAUGUUUCUGUUGUUGUUUCUGGUCAAAAUGCAAUAAAGACUGUUACACCCUCACAAAAAGAGCUUUUUUUCUCCUCCUCUAGCAACAGCAGCUUCUCACACUCGAUGCUCAGGCGAGAUGCUGCAGAUACAGUCAGGCUCGCAGCUCCCACGUGUAAUCGGUGAUGCUCGCACUCUGGUGUUGAAGCAAGAAGUUCUCAAUCUCCUCGCAAAGUGCGCGACAGAAGUGGUCCCGCUGAGCGAGAGAGAGAGAGCGGGUUCUACAGCCACUAUUUUGUCUUUCCAAAGAAAGGCGGUGGCCUCCGUCCGAUAUUGGACCUAAGACCCAUCAACCGAGCAUUAUUCAGACACCCUUUCAAAAUGACGACACUGAAACAGAUCCUUGCGCAGAUUCGGCCCGAAGACUGGUUUAUUUCAGUAGACCUGAAAGACGCGUAUUUUCAUAUUCAGAUCGCCCCUUGUCACAGACGCUUUCUGAGAUUUGCGUUUGAGGGCACGGCAUAUCAGUUCACAGUAAUGCCGUUCGGAUUAGCCCUGGCUCCUCGCAUGUUUUCAAAAUGUGUGGAUGCAGCGCUUUCCCCUCUGAGAGCGGGCGGAAUAUGCAUACUCAAUUAUUUGGAUGAUUGGUUAGUUUUAGCCCAUUCAGAGGAUGUGCUCAACAGCCACAAACGCACUCUACUGCUUCAUUUGGAGAACUUGGGUCUAUGCAUGAAUACACAAAAGAGCAUAUUAUGCCCCAGCCAGUCAAUCUCGUAUCUAGGGGUGGAGUUGGACUCGGUCGCGAUGAGAGCGCAUCUUGGUCAGGAGCGUAUUCACAAUCUGAUGUCCGCCCUGAAUGCUUUCAGUCUGGGCCGUCCCGUAGCGCUGAAGGAAUAACAGAGACUCUUGGGACGGAUGGCGGCGGCUGCAACGGUAUGCCACCAUGGGCUACUCUAUAUGUGCCCCCUCCAGUUAUGGCUGAAAACACAAGUGCCGAGGAGAGCUUGAAAACGGGCCGUGCCCGUGUUGUGGUCACUCGCAGGUGCUUGAGCGCGCUCGUGCCGUGGCUUAAAGUGGUCACGACGGAUGCGUCGACGACAGGCUGUCGAGCUCAUUGCGACGGGCUACUGGACGGAGUCGGAGAAAACGUGGCAUAUAAAUCGCCUCGAAUUGAGAGCGGUCUUUCUGGCUCUUCGAAGCUUCCUCACACACUCAAUGGCUGGCUGUCUAAGUGGUGUCCGCAGAAUAAUAUAGGUUUCAUAGACAAUUGGAAAAGCUUUUGGGGCAGACCUGAUCUGUUGAAAAGAGAUGGUAUUCAUCCC